AUGGCUAUUCUUACUUCGAUUUUCCUGACUGUUCUUGCAGCGUGCAAAGCGCAAGCUGCUGCCCUGCAGAUCAUUCCUGGAGCCGCUUGGACUGCUACCAACACCGGGCAGCACAUUCAGGCCCACGGCGCUGGUAUUAUUGAAGCCAACGGAAUCUACUACAUGAUAGGCGAGGACAAAACCAACGGCGCUCUGUUUCAGAACGUGAAUUGCUAUUCAUCCAGCAACUUGGUCGAUUGGAAGUACGAAGGCGCUCUCCUCUCCCGAACGGACGCAGACGUCCAGAAGGUUGCCUCGUUAGCCGACCCGAACAGCCUUGUCGAGAGACCCAAGGUCGUGUUCAAUGAGAGAACCAAAAAAUAUGUCAUGUACUUCCACCUCGAUAUCAAAUACGAAAUCGCUGAGGUGGGCAUCGCCACCAGUGACACCGUGUGCGGAAAGUAUACAUUCCAUAGUAGCUUUAGGCCAGGUGGCAGGCAAAUCCGAGACAUAGGCCUCUUUAAAGAUGACGACGGGUCUGCAUAUCUUUUGGCCGAAAAUCGCCAGUUUGGGACAAACGAAGAAGUGCGUUCCAUAACUUACAUUAUGUCCUUGGACUCUGAGUAUCUUAAUGUCACCGGAAUCGUCCAUACGUUCGAGAACCACGCCGCUGAAUCUCCGGCUAUGCUGAAGAAGGACGGGUACUACUUUAUCUUCAGCUCUACACUAUCAGGCUGGGACCCAAAUGACAACUAUUACAGCUACGCACCAUCUCUCGCUGGCCCUUGGUCUAGCUGGAAGCUGUUUGCGGACGAAGGCUCCCUCACAUACAGGUCUCAAACCACCUAUAUCUUGCCAUUUGGCGACUCUGCAAUUUAUAUGGGUGAUCGCUGGCAGGAGCAUAGUUUGGGGUCCAGCACUUAUAUCUGGCUGCCACUUGAAUUCAAAGGUACCGAGGUUUCAAUGCCAUAUAGAGAUGUUUGGUCUCUGGAUCCGAUAUCCAAGACUUGGUCUGGUUCUAAAACCACCGUUCUUGAACCUCAAGACGCCAAAUUAUCUAAUGGCGCUAGAUUGGUAGGCUGUGACGGGUGCAGCUCCAGGUCGGCAGCAGGUUAUCUAGGCGGACCUGAGCGUGGCGCCGUAACUUUUAGUGGUGGGCUUAGUAAAUGCUGUAAAAAGGCAACCAUUGUCCUGGUAUACGUUAAUGGAGAUCUAACAUCUCGAUUUGCUUUAGUCACAGUUAAUGGUAAAAAGCAAAAGGUUGAGUUCCCGCCAUCAUUUAAUGAUCAGCAAAUUUCUAACGUUGUUAUCUACGGAAAUUUUCAUUCAGGAUCUGACAACACCAUCGUUGUUGAAGGGGAUGACGGAGGCUGGGCCCCAAAUAUUGAUAAGAUUAUUCUAGCUUGCGCCGUUUAA